AUGAAUUUCCUACUUGUUUUCCUUAGUUUUCUAACCAUCAUCUCUUUCACAACUACAAAAGCUCAAGAUAGAGCUCCUCAUGGGCUAGUUUACGAAAACCCGAUGGCGUUCUCGCCAUCUGCCUACAGUUUCUUCCAUCCAAAAUCAAACCCCCCAAGCACCCAAGGCUCGUGUGACGAGUCUAGUUGUGCACCGUUGCCCAUAGCGGCUACGGUGCAGUCGAGUCUAGCGGAGGAAAGUAGACCAAAAAAUGAGAAGAGUGACAAUAGAGUUGGAGCCGGUGCCAUUGCCGGUGUGAUAUUUGGUUUUAUAAUGGUGGUUCUUUUAGCCAUGGGUGUGUUCUAUGUUGUGACCAAUCGUCGGGGUAGCUCAAGGGGUGAAAGUACAAUUCUACCAUCGGUUUGA